AAGUCUCUCUUUAUGCUAAAGACUAAAUAAAAGACACCAAAACAAGGCUGCAACUUUCUCAAAAUUGCUGACUUGAUUCUCUUAUUUUUAAGUUUGGAGGCCACAAUCUCAUCAUCAUCCUCCAUAUGCACUCUUUUUCUUCACUUAAUGGUUUAGGUUUGUUUUGUUUUGGCAUUCUCUCUCCCCCUUUUUUAAGUGUUCAUCUCAAACACAUUCUUCUGCUUGUUUUGUUAGGUUGGGCCCUCUUCUCCACUCAAGACUUUAGGGUCAAGUCUACAUUUUCAAGGCAAAAACUCAGAAUCAAGAUUCUGUUUGGCAGAUGAUGAGUUAUGAAAUCUGCAUAUAAAAUGGAAAGAGGGAUUCAGCCUCCUUUGGUGGAUACAACAGCUUGCUUGUGUAGAGUAGAUGCCGGUCUGAAAACCGUUGCAGGAGCAAAAAGAUUCGUUCCCGGUUCAAAACUUUGUCUACAACCCGACAUCAAACCGUCAAUUCACCCUACCAGACAAAAACCAACCCGUGACCGAACCCGUAACCAAUCCCCUCUUCUGCCCGGGCUGCCCGAUGACCUCGCCAUAGCCUGUUUAAUACGGGUCCCACGAAUCGAGCACCGCAAGCUCCGGUUAGUUUGCAAAAGAUGGUACCGUCUCUUAGCCGGUAACUUCUUCUAUUCUCUACGGAAAAACCUACAAAUAGCCGAAGAAUGGGUGUACGUUAUGAAACGAGACAAAGAUCGAAAGAUGACAUGGCUCGGGUUCGACCCAUUGAACCACCUUUGGCAACCAUUACCACCGGUCCCAAAAGAAUACUCAGAGGCUCUAGGGUUCGGGUGCGCGGUCCUAAGCGGAUGUCAUUUAUACUUAUUCGGCGGUAAAGAUCCCAUCAAGGGCUCAAUGAGACGGGUUGUUUAUUAUAGUGCGCGGACCAAUAAAUGGCACCGGGCCCCUGAUAUGCUUAGGAGACGACAUUUUUUCGGGACGUGUGUUAUAAACAACUGUUUGUAUGUAGCCGGCGGUGAGAAUGAAGGUGUUCAACGGUCCCUAAGGUCGGUAGAGGUUUACGACCCGAGUAAGAACCGAUGGUCUUUCGUUUCGGAUAUGAGUACAGCCAUGGUCCCGUUUAUAGGGUUGGUUUAUGAUGGGAAGUGGUUCUUGAAGGGGCUUGGGUCACAUAGGCAAGUGGUUAGUGAAAUGUACCAACCGGAAACGGAUAAGUGGACCGCGGUUCAAGACGGGAUGGUUUCGGGCUGGAGGAACCCGAGCACGUGUUUAGAUGGGAAACUUUAUGCUUUGGAGUGUAAAGACGGGUGUAAAGUUCGGGUUUAUGAUGAAGAAACCGAUUCGUGGAGUAAGCAUAUUGAUAGCAAGAUGCAUAUGGGGAACUCGAAGGGUUUUGAGGCUGCAGCAUUGGUCCCUUUGAAUGGGAAACUUUGUAUUAUAAGAAAUAAUAUGAGUAUAUCUUUGGUGCAUGUCGGGAAAGACGGCGGUGCCACAUGGGAAACACUAGCGGGAAAAGGGCAGUUGAAGACGUUGAUGUCGAACCUGUGGUCCAGUCUGGCGGGUCGGAACCGAUUGAAGAGCCAUAUUGUUCAUUGUCAAGUGCUUCAAGCAUGAGAUCUAGAGAUUGUUGUUUAGAUGUUUUGUAAUAGGAUUGUAAGAACUCAUAUACGCUGUAUAAUGUUUUUUGAAUGGAAAUGUUCAACCAAAUCGUUGUUUGGGGUGUUAAA